AUGACCUGGCAACAAGAAAACCGCCACAAUGCGAUCCUCCGUGCCGCAGAAGCAGGCAAAUACGGCGUGAUAGCAGCAAUAGCGUACAACAUCGAACAAAUCCUAGGCCUGGUACGAGCCGCCGAAACCGCCAAGUCACCACUGAUAAUCCAAUUCUUCCCAUGGGCAUUAACAGCAACAGACGGCCUGCUAGUACGCACAGCAGCCGAAGCAGCCAAGCACGCCAGCGUACCGAUAAGCAUCCACCUCGACCACGCGCAAUCCGAAGAAAUCAUCAAGCGCGCCGCGGAUGAACUCCCCUUUGACAGUAUCAUGGUUGACAUGUCACACUACGAGAAGGAGGAGAAUCUCGCCAAGACGCGCACGCUUGUAGAGUAUUGCAAUUCCCGGCAUAUUGCUACCGAGGCUGAGCCGGGGCGGAUCGAGGGCGGCGAGGAUGGGGUUAUGGAUACCGAGGGGUUGAAGGCUUGUAUGACUACUGCUGAGGAGGUGGAUGAGUUUGUUUCAACGGGGGUUGAUGCGCUUGCGCCUGCUUUUGGGAAUGUUCAUGGGGAGUAUGGGCCUGCUGGGCCGCAGUUGGAUUUUGAGAGAUUCGAGCAUAUUCGUCGGCAGGUUGGUGGACGCGUUCAUCUCGUGCUUCAUGGUACCAAUGGUUUCUCGUCGGAGACGAUGAGGUACUGUGUUGCAGCUGGUGUUACCAAAAUCAAUGUCAACAAGCUUGUCUUGGAUGACUACUAUGACCAUCUUCGUGCUAAUGUAGGUAAGAUGCCGCAUACUCAGUUGAUUGAGGAGGGGAUUCAGAAGGUGGCAGAUUUGACUGUAAGAUGGAUGGAGAUUUGUGGGUCUGCUGGGAAGGCAUGA